AUGCCUCUUCCAAGAAUCACCCUCGAUCCAUCUUCUACCCUGUACCCGACCAGGGAUCACCCCCACUCCCACCCUCAUGCUCACGAUCUCCCCAAACCUCUCCACGUCGAAACUCACCCAAAGGGAAAAAACACUGGCACUGAAGAUGCCUCCAUUUUCUUCAUCGGAAACGCUACGACCGUGAUUGAAUGGGAGGGCGUCCGUAUCAUGACUGAUCCAAAUUUCCUUCACGCAGGCGACCACGUACACCUCGGUCCAGGAGUGACAGCUACUCGCCUCCAAAACCCUGCCGUAGAUCUCCACGACCUCCCUCCCAUCGACAUGAUCCUACUCUCUCACUUCCACGCCGACCACUUCGACCAAGACGUCGAGAAAUCCCUGCGUCGUACCCUCCCCAUCAUCUCGACCCCCCAUGCAAAAGAAUGCCUCGAAGGUUCCAAAGAAGGCAAAUUCGAGAAAGUCACUGCAUUGGACCACUGGGAGUCCGCGAUCGUUGAUAUUCAGAACUCGAACGCGGCGUUCAAAAUCACCGGAAUGCCCGGAAAGCACGUCCCUCCCGGCCCCGCUGGUCUCCUCAAAAAAAUAAACGACUUUAUCGGGGCUGUACCCCCCACAAAUGGAUGGAUGGUCGAGUUCGGUGCAAAGCCGAAGACGAUCGAGGCGGAGACUGAUGGUGUCGAUGUCGGGUACAGGAUGUACAUCUCAGGCGACACCCUCCUCGUCAACGAACUCUACGAAAUCCCCAAACGCUUCCCAAAUGUUGACCUCAUGCUUGUUCACCUUGGUGGUACAACCAUUCCCUCUCCCAAAUUGCCGUUAGCUAUGGUUACGAUGGACGCGGAACAGGGUAUCAAGCUCAUUCAUUUGAUUGACCCCGAAGUCGCUAUUCCUAUUCACCAUGGUGCGGAUGGGGAUGAGCCACCGGAGUAUGAUGCGUUUUUGAGUAGUUUGGAUGAUUUCAAGGCUGCUGUUGCCAAGGACGAGAAGUUGAAGGAUAGGGUUGUGUAUCUGAAGAGAGGAGGCAAGUACUCGUUCAAAGCAAGCAAGUGA